GAGAGAGAGAGAGAGAGAGAGAGAAAGAGGGCAGUUUUCAGGAUGAGAUUGCGCUUUGAAGCCGUAUAGACCCUGAGGGUAUUCUCUGAGCUGAUCAGUUCCUCGAAAUCAGUGCGUGUCAGAGGUUCACCGCCUUCUGUCUUUUACGGUAGCACCCCGAUUGUGACUGCCACCGCUCGGGCCUCUGCUCACCGGAUGUUUCAAGCAACUGUCUGGGUGCCCCCGCACAGGAAGAAAGGGAAACAAUUGUGCUCAAUUGAGCUGGAACGAUUCAGGAGCUUAUCAAUGCGGAGGCGUCCAUUUGAGAUGCAGCGACAGUGAGCGACGCGACGACCUGCCCAGUCUGUCAAACCGGACCAAUGAACUCCACACGGUGCGUCUGCUGCCUCGCGACGAGCCGCUAAAUUCCAGACCGCGAGACUUUAACAAGGCAGUACGCACAGUACACGCGAGAGGCGGCCGUUCAUUCAAUAUCAGAUGGACAGCGUCCAUUCAACACUUACUGCUAAAAUGCACUGGAUGACGCUCCUACUGGCUGGGUUUACUUUUUGGGGCAAAGUCUCCGUGUACAAUUGCUUAGAUUACGAAGAGAGUUAUGACUAUUAUGAAGAGGAAAAAAUGGAGACAAUAGACUACGAGGAUCCCUGCAAAGCCGCAGUGUUUUGGGGAGAUAUCGCCUUGGACGAGGAAGAUCUGAAAAUGUUUAAGGUGGACAGGACGAUAGACCUGGCGCAGCGCACACACACGAGGCAGGGACACACAUCAGGUGGAGCGGGAGAGCACAGCACAAAAAAGAGAGGGUCGUUACACCUCCUCCUCAACAGAAUACGACGCCUGGGGCUCGAUCCGUGGUCUAAGAACACGAGUAAGGAGGAGGGGUCCCCGGCUGGCCCUCGCACUGGAGCUAGCCGGGGCAGCAGAGGCAGCGGAGGCGGUCGGAGACUGGAGGCAGGGAGUAAAUAUCGAGUGCCACGAGCCGCCACCUCCAGAGCGGAACGCAUCUGGCCCGGAGGAGUCAUCCCCUACGUCAUUGGAGGCAACUUCACUGGCAGUCAGAGGGCAAUGUUCAAACAGGCCAUGAGACACUGGGAGAAGCAGACGUGUGUAAGCUUCAUCGAGAAAACUGACGAGGAGAGUUACAUUGUCUUCACCUACCGACCCUGCGGAUGCUGUUCCUAUGUGGGACGCCGUGGUAACGGGCCUCAGGCCAUCUCUAUUGGGAAAAACUGUGACAAAUUCGGCAUUGUGGUUCACGAGCUGGGACACGUGAUUGGAUUCUGGCACGAGCACACGCGACCUGACCGCGACAAUCACGUGGCCAUCAUCCGAGACAACAUCCAACCAGGUCAGGAAUAUAACUUCCUCAAGAUGGAGCCAGGUGAGGUGAACUCUCUUGGCGAGCUGUACGACUUUGACAGCAUUAUGCAUUAUGCCAGAAAUACCUUCUCCAGGGGAAUGUUUCUGGACACUAUCCUGCCCUCUCGCGAUGAAAAUGGUGUCCGGCCUGCUAUUGGCCAGAGAACCAGACUCAGCAAAGGAGACAUUUCACAAGCCAGAAAACUAUACAGAUGUUCAGCUUGUGGAGAGACAUUGCAAGACUCGACGGGCAACUUCUCCUCCCCUGGUUACCCAAACGGCUACCCCUCAUACACACACUGCGUCUGGCGGAUCUCCGUCACGCCUGGGGAGAAGGUAGUGCUCAACUUCACCACCAUGGACCUGUAUAAGAGCAGUCUCUGCUGGUAUGACUAUAUCGAGGUGCGAGACGGAUAUUGGAGAAAAGCCCCACUGCUAGGCCGCUUCUGCGGCGACAGACUUCCAGAAUCGCUGCUCUCCACUGACAGUCGCAUGUGGAUCGAGUUUCGCAGCAGCAGUAACUGGGUGGGGAAGGGCUUCUCUGCUGUCUAUGAAGCGGUUUGCGGUGGUGAGAUCAGCAAGGACGCAGGGCAGAUCCAGUCCCCGAACUACCCGGAUGACUACAGGCCUUCUAAGGAGUGCGUGUGGAGGAUCACCGUGGCAGAGGGCUACAGUGUGGGUCUCAGCUUUCAGGCCUUCGAGAUCGAGAGGCAUGAUAGCUGUGCGUAUGACUAUCUAGAGGUGCGGGACAGCCUGUCCGAGAACAGCCCUCUGAUUGGCCGAUUCUGUGGCUAUGACAAACCUGAGGAUAUACGCUCUACAUCCAACACACUGUGGAUGAAAUUUGUCUCGGAUGGAACUGUCAACAAAGCUGGCUUUGCUGCAAACUUCUUUAAAGAGGAGGAUGAGUGUUUGAAGCCAGAUAAUGGAGGGUGUGAGCAGAGAUGUGUGAACACGUUGGGGAGCUUCAAGUGUGCAUGUGACCCUGGUUAUGAACUGGCCCCGGACAAAAAAAGCUGUGAAGCUGCAUGUGGGGGUCUGUUGUCCAAGCUAAAUGGAACCAUCACGACCCCAGGCUGGCCUAAAGAGUACCCCCCCAAUAAGAACUGUGUGUGGCAAGUAGUGGCCCCCACACAGUACCGCAUAUCCAUGCAGUUUGAGGCCUUCGAACUGGAGGGGAAUGAGGUGUGUAAGUAUGACUUUGUGGAGGUGCGCAGCGGCCUGUCGCCGGACGCAAAGCUCCACGGGAGGUACUGUGGUACGGAUGCGCCAGAGCUCAUCACCUCCCAGCACAACAACAUGCGCAUCGAGUUCAAGUCGGACAACACCGUCUCCAAAAAAGGCUUCAAAGCUCACUUCUUUUCCGACAAGGACGAGUGCUCUAAGGACAAUGGCGGAUGCCAGCAUGAGUGUGUCAACACUGUCGGCAGCUACAUGUGCCAGUGCCGAAAUGGUUUCAUCCUGCAUGAGAACAAACAUGACUGCAAGGAAGCGGAGUGUGAGCACAAGAUCCACAGCCCCGCUGGCACCAUCAGCAGCCCCAACUGGCCCGACAAGUACCCGAGCAGGAAGGAGUGCACGUGGGACUUCAGCGCCACCCCCGGACACCGCGUCAAACUCGUGUUCAGUGAGUUUGAGAUCGAGCAGCACCAGGAGUGUGCGUACGACCACCUGGAGGCGUUUGACGGCACUUCAGACCGGGCGCCCAUCCUGACCCGCCUGUGUGGCAGCCGUGUGCCCGAGCCGCUCAUCUCCACAGGCGAUAGCAUGCACCUGCGCUUCAUCUCUGACGCCUCCGUGCAGCGCAAAGGCUUCCAGGCUACGCACUCCACAGAGUGUGGAGGCAGGCUGAAGGCAGAGGCCAAGCAGAAGAACCUGUACUCUCACGCCCAGUUUGGUGACAACAACUACCCUGGCCACACCGACUGUGAGUGGCUGAUUGUGGCGGAGGUGGGCUACAGCAUCGAGCUCACCUUCACCACCUUCGAGGUGGAGGAGGAGGCCGACUGUGGCUAUGACUACAUCGAGCUGUACAAUGGCCGUGACACCCAGGCGCCCAGGCUCGGCCGCUUCUGUGGCUCGGGGCCCCGUGAGGAGAUGUACUCAGCAGGAGACACUGUCCUGAUCCGCUUCCACAGCGACGACACCAUUAGUAAGAAAGGCUUCCAUAUCCGCUACACCAGCAGCAAAUUCCAGGAGGCACUACACGCGCGCAAGUAGCGCUCCUGUGGCGCUCCGCAUCGGAGCAGCCUACUGACGGAACGCUGGAGCCACGCCCGCGCAAGAAGCCGACCUCCUGCAACACUAGAAACUGUGCCCCCAAAUCGGACUUGUCUCCUUCCACCCACAUGUGGCUGGCCAUGAUGAGAGCACAACCCACCAGACUCCAACAUCCAAUCACAUGGCCCUAAACUCUGUUCAUCUGGCCACGCAGAGAUGCUUGACUGGGCUGCGUCCCAGGCCGUAUCCCAUAUCACCUGCCUCCAUAGCAACGCUAAAUACCGCUUAACAUCCCAUUAAGGAGAGGGGUGACACCCCUAUAUGAUACUGCGGCCCUACAUGGAGAAAAGCAGGGGUGUCCUCAAAUGGGUGGGACAUUUACAAGCCUGGGAAAACUCGCGGGCAAAAAUCUGUGGGCACGCAUUUUUGCGUCAUGACAUGGCAAGUUCACGACAACAUUGGAAGUCUAGUUCUGAGAAAAUAGCUGCUUUUGCCGCACCAUACCUCAACUAAAAUGUGCGUGCAUGUGUGUGUGUUAUAUAUGUGCGUGUACUGCAUGCGUACUGGUGUGCACAUUUUCAUUUAGGUAUGUGUCUGUGUGUUUGUGUGUGUGUGUCUGUGGGGUUUUCCUAUAAAACAUGAAAUCAAAAAAACAUUUAACGUUGCUGAUGUGUCUGUUUACACGUGUAUUCCACCCUCUGAUGAUGGAAUAUGAGGACACUGAUAUCCACAAAAUCCUGAAUGUUGUCAAUAUUUCAUCAGAAUCCAAUAUACUUUUCAUUGGUGAAUUCAUGUCUGAGUUUAUUACAGUCUACUUUUCUUUCGCUUUCGAUGGGAAGAUGUUAUCUAACCGCAAAUGUGGUUGUCUUUGUGUUUUGACGCAAGCAUGAAGCUGAGUUUGAGAUUUCUGAUAUUAGCAUAAGGAGGGACAGAACAGAGAUGGACAAACAACUUAACAUAUUCUACUUAACAAGAACCACAAUUAAUGUGUAAUCAAAGGAUCACAUUCAGAAGGAAAUUUGUCUUUUCUUUUUUGUUGUUUUUGUGGAUAAGUUAAAAGUUUUUGUCUCACCUGACUUAGCAGCUGCUUUAAAACAAGACAAAAAACUAGAAACAGGCAGUAAAGCUGUGCAUAAAGUAUAUGUAACAGCUAUGACAGCCCGUUACUACAGCCCCCAUAAUUCUGUGCGCUUACUAUGCACUUAACCCAAAAGAAGAGAAUGUGUAUCUGCCCGUGUGCUUAUCCAUUCAUGCUCUCCAACCAAGGGGCAUCAUUCAGAAGACUUUGUUCCAUGUUUUACAGAAGACACAAGCUGAACCGCAUCAGCGAACUGCAACUGAGCAUUACCAAAAAAAAAAAAAAGGCCAGUUGGGCUGAAGCCUACUCACAGGGAAGUGGGCUGACUCUAUGGGGAGGUAGUCUGCCCGGCAAGGCAGUCGCUGCAGAAGGGAAACCUUAACGGUGCUACUCAGAACUACAGAUCCCACGAGGAAGUGCUGUUCGGCAACGUGUGGAUACAGCUGCCUGAAGGCACUGCAGGCACAAUCAUGAAACUGACAGCACCACCCAUGUGAGAGAAUGCAGGAACAACCAUUGCCUUACAACCAAAACGUAUAUUCUUGCACAUGAGGAAGCUUAUGUAGAUAAUGUCUGUUGUCUUUGUUUUGAUUUUUUCCUGAAAUUAUUAAUGUAUUUUAUUUUAUAUUGAGUCUCAUGAAUUUUAAAAUUCACUGUAAAAAACAAACAAAAAAACCCCCACUGAUCUGACGUUGUCAAUUUUUCUCCAAGUGUACAUACACUUCAGUGAUAUUAUGUGAUUUCAUAUUCGACAUUUUGAUUAUUUACAGUUAGCAGCAGAACGCUGUGGGUCUGAUGUUUGAUCCUGAGCAGUAGUGUGAAUGUGUAAAUUGUGUGUGUGUUUGUGUGUAUGUGCGUGCGCGUGCACACGCAUGUGGAUAUGUGUGGACUUAUUGUUCUGUGAUUGAUUGUUUCUGGUGUGAAUAUCUCUUUAUGUGCCAAAUUUGUGUCUCUCCCUAUUCAAGUUCAUGAAUAUUUUCUCCACUGUCUAUAACUUCCUGAUAAAAAAUACUUUUCACUAUAAUGGUGAUUAAAAUAAUGUCAGGUCAAA